CGCGGCGGAGCUCAGCCUGGGCUGGCGCCUACGAUCCCCGUGCCGCCCACCACGUGAGUGCGCCCUGCGCGCGAGACCGAACUUUGGUGUGCCUCCGAAGUCCCUCUCUACAGCCGCACCCAUGCUUCUGGCGCGAAUGAACCCGCAGGUGCAGCCGGAGCUCGGUGGGGCGGACCCGCUGCCUGAGCAGCCCCUGCGGCCCUGCAAAACCGCGGAUCUGCUGGUGGUGAAGGAGCGCAACGGAGUCCAGUGCCUCCUGGCGUCCCAGGACGGUGACGCGCAGCCCCGGGAGACUUGGGGCAAGAAGAUCGAUUUCCUACUGUCUGUGGUCGGCUUCGCAGUGGACCUGGCCAACGUGUGGCGCUUCCCCUAUCUCUGCUACAAGAAUGGUGGUGGUGCCUUCCUGAUCCCAUACACGCUGUUCCUCAUCAUAGCUGGGAUGCCGUUGUUUUACAUGGAGCUGGCUCUGGGGCAGUACAACCGAGAAGGGGCAGCCACAGUGUGGAAGAUCUGUCCUUUCUUCAAAGGAGUAGGCUACGCUGUGAUCCUCAUUGCCCUCUACGUUGGCUUUUACUACAACGUCAUCAUUGCCUGGUCCCUCUACUACCUCUUUGCAUCCUUCACCUUGAACCUGCCCUGGACCAACUGUGGCCAUGCCUGGAACAGCCCCAACUGCACUGACCCGAAACUCCUCAAUGCCUCGGUGCUGGGAGACCAUACCAAAUACUCCAAAUACAAGUUCACGCCGGCUGCAGAGUUUUAUGAGCGCGGUGUCCUUCACUUGCACGAGAGCAGUGGGAUCCAUGACAUCGGCCUGCCCCAGUGGCAGCUGCUGCUCUGUCUGAUGGUCGUCAUCAUCGUCUUGUAUUUCAGCCUCUGGAAAGGUGUGAAGACGUCGGGAAAGGUUGUGUGGAUCACAGCUACUCUGCCUUACUUUGUGCUAUUUGUGCUCCUGGUCCAUGGGGUCACACUGCCUGGUGCCUCCAAUGGCAUUAAUGCCUACCUGCACAUCGACUUCUACCGCCUCAAAGAGGCCACGGUAUGGAUCGAUGCCGCGACUCAGAUAUUUUUUUCCUUGGGGGCUGGGUUUGGAGUCUUGAUUGCCUUUGCCAGUUACAAUAAAUUUGACAACAACUGUUACAGGGAUGCCCUGCUGACCAGCACCAUCAACUGUGUUACCAGUUUUAUUUCCGGGUUUGCCAUCUUCUCCAUCCUUGGUUACAUGGCCCAUGAACAUAAGGUCAAAAUUGAGGAUGUUGCCACUGAAGGAGCUGGCCUUGUGUUUGUCCUGUAUCCAGAAGCCAUCUCCACUCUGUCAGGAUCCACGUUCUGGGCUGUCCUGUUCUUCUUGAUGCUUCUGGCUCUGGGUCUGGACAGCUCAAUGGGAGGCAUGGAAGCAGUCAUCACAGGAUUGGCGGAUGACUUCCAGGUCCUGAAGCGACAUCGGAAACUCUUCACCUUUGGUGUCACCAUAGGUACCUUCCUUCUGGCCAUGUUUUGCAUAACCAAGGGAGGGAUUUAUGUCCUGACUCUGCUGGAUACCUUCGCGGCAGGUACCUCCAUUCUGUUUGCUGUGCUUAUGGAAGCUAUUGGAGUUUCCUGGUUUUAUGGUGUGGACAGGUUCAGCAAUGACAUCCAACAGAUGAUGGGCUUUAAGCCAGGCCUGUACUGGAGACUGUGUUGGAAGUUCGUCAGCCCCGCCUUCCUCCUGUUUGUCGUGGUGGUCAGUAUCAUCAACUUCAAGCCGCUCACCUAUGACGACUACGUCUAUCCUCCGUGGGCCAACUGGGUCGGGUGGGGCAUCGCCCUCUCAUCCAUGAUCCUGGUACCCGCCUAUGUCAUCUACAAGUUCUUCAGCAUUCGGGGCUCCCUUUGGGAGAGAGUGGCCUACGGCAUCACGCCGGAGAAUGAGCACCACCUGGUGGCCCAAAGAGACGUGAGGCAGUUCCAGCUGCGGCACUGGCUGGCUAUCUGAGCCUGACCCCGAGGAGGAGGAACCC